UAUCCUGGAAUUGCUGUCCCAUCUUCCGAUUGUGAUUCUGAGUUGUUACUCCAUUUCGGUCUCCCUCUUCCACCUUCCUCUCGCAGCUUUAUAGGCUUUAUCUCCGUACGGCGCGUCCGGUUCAGCCGUCUCUUUCUUAGGGUUUCGAACUUUCAAUCUUCAAUAGCGCUUGGCUUGGGUCUUUAGGGAUUUUGAUAGCCAUUUUUUUGGUACACCAAAAGAUGCAGAUGAUCGAGACAUGGACGAAUCUGGGACUGGUGUGAGGAUUGGGGCGCCGAUUGGGAGGCCGCACUGGGCCAUGGAAUCGAAGUCUUCGUCUUCCUCAAUGUGUUAUCUCGGGUGCCGACUGCGGUUCCGAAAAUCGGCAUUCGAUUCGUAUUCGGUGGCUUGCGAAACGUUCUGGGAAAAAAAGCCCCUUCUUCUUCUUCGUCGUCUUGGGUUCAGAAUCAAGCUGCUUUAGUAGGGUUUGCGGGGUUUGUUCUCGAUCUUCCUUUUUGUUGGUCUCUUUCGUGAAUUCGUCGUCGUUUUGGGGCAAUGGGUUUUGGUGCGGGUCGAGAAUCGGAGGCUGAUGAUGGUGAUGGUGAUGGUGUGGAGAAAGAUCCGACGGGACGAUACGUACGGUAUGAUGAAGUGUUGGGGAGAGGAGCAUUUAAGACUGUAUACAAGGCAUUUGAUGAAGUUAAUGGGAUAGAAGUUGCUUGGAACCAAGUGGACAUUGAGGAUGUAUUGCAGUCACCAGAACAGCUGGAAAGAUUAUAUUCAGAGGUUCAUCUGCUGAAAUCUUUGAAACAUGAAAAUAUUAUCAAGUUCUAUAAUUCUUGGGUAGAUGAUAAGAACAAGACCAUCAACCUGAUAACAGAGUUGUUCACUUCUGGGAGUCUGAGGCAAUAUCGUAAGAAGCAUAAAAAUGUUGAUAUAAAGGCCAUCAAGAACUGGGCGAGGCAGAUUCUUCGAGGUUUAUGCUAUCUGCAUGGCCAGAAUCCUCCAAUUAUCCACAGAGACCUGAAAUGUGACAAUAUAUUGGUUAAUGGGAAUAAUGGAGAAGUUAAAAUUGGAGAUCUUGGAUUGGCAACUGUCAUGCAGCAGCCUACUGCCCGAAGUGUUAUAGGCACUCCUGAGUUCAUGGCUCCUGAGCUUUAUGAAGAGGAAUAUAACAAUCUUGUUGACAUAUAUUCUUUUGGAAUGUGCAUGUUAGAAAUGGUUACUUGUGAAUACCCAUAUAGCGAAUGCAAAAAUCCAGCUCAAAUAUAUAAGAAGGUUACCACUGGCAUAAAGCCUGCUUCCCUCAGUAAAGUGAAUGACCCCCAAGUUAAGCAGUUCAUAGAGAAGUGUCUGGUUCCAGCAUCUAUGAGAUUGCCUGCAGUGGAGCUCUUGAAAGAUCCAUUCCUUGUGACUGGAAAUUCUAAGGAUAUCAUUUGUGAUUCCCUGCAGUUACCCAAUAACUCGCCUGAAUUAGUGAACCCGCUGCAAGUUGAAUCUCAUGCCAUGGACAUAGACUCCAACUGCAAGAAGCUUUUUGGCUCUAGCAUAAAAAGCAUCAGUGGAACUUCAAACUCUUCGACUCUAGAAUUUCAGAGGUUUACUGAGAAUAACGAAUUUAGGUUAAGAGGGGAGAAAAAUGAUGACAAUACAAUUUCAUUAACUCUCCUCAUCACUAAUCCCUGUGGUCAGUUGAGAAAUAUCCACUUUGCAUUUUAUCUUGAUUCUGAUACUGUAAUUUCAAUAGCUGAGGAGAUGGUUGAACAACUUGAUCUAUCAAAAGAAGAUGUGGUUGUCAUUGCUGAGUUAAUUGACAACUUGCUUGCCAAGCUUGUACCCAGAUUGAAAUCUUCAUUUGAGAACUGUUCAUAUGAAGCAAACACUUCAUUUUGCGAUUCUCCUCUACUUCAGAUUCGUGGAAAUUUAGCCUCAGUAGAGGCUCCUGCCAAGGCAGUUGUUGAGCACCAUGUUCUCCCACAAAUGGCUGAUGUGGAAGGUGAAGACAAUCAAGAAUCAACCGUUUCAGAUAUAUCAGCUGAGUAUGGUGUCUCAAUGGCCUCAGAUGCCGAUCUGGAAAGUGCUUUGGAGUCUGAUUAUUUCAGUGUUGAUGAAUACGAUAAAAGCUUAAAUGGGCACGGUUUCAAUUCAGAGUAUGGGGUUUAUGAUCAUGGUGGGCAUAGUGUGAACAGCUAUGAAGCUAAUGUUUGUGAGUCUCUCAUGAUUAACGAGCCUGCAGAGAACUCUGCAACCUCCUGUAUCAAUUCAUGUUUCGGAAUGUUAGAAAACUUUAGUUUGUCGAGCAUAUGUUGUCUAUCUCUGGCAGAAGAGAAUCAGUGUGAUGAGCUAAAGCUGGAGUUGGAGGAAAUUGAAACACAGUAUCACCAACGUUUGGUUGAACUCCAGAGGAUGAGAGAGCAAGCAAUAGAAAAUGCCAGAAAGAGAUGGAUGAUGAAGAAAAAAAUAGCUGUUAUUUGAUUUAUUGGAUUUUCUUGCUAGGAAUUUGUUUUUCCCGUGUUUUAAUAAUUGCCUUUUGCCCCUUGAUUGUGUGUGGCAAUAUAUGUAGUAAAUCAUUUUUUUUU